GGUGCUAUAAGACUGGUGAGACACCCUGGUGAAAGCCCGUCUGUGAACAGAGACUACUGAGAGUAGACGCAGUAGAUAACAGCUAUUCACGCUGUGAGGAAAGCCUUGAAAACUAAAUGACUUGCCAUAGAUUAUAGCACUGAUCCUGCCUGCAGCCUUUCUGCAUGGCAAACUUACUGGUCAGUGUUUGAAAGAUCACGCUCAUGUACAAGUGAGGUCUGAUUUUUUUUAUAGAUCUGAAUUACUGUUAAGGUGAUUUCUUAACACCAUGGUGCUCGGAAAGGUGAAGAGCUUCUUUGUGAGCUACGACUGUCUUAAUGACAGCAACGUCCCCGUCUUUGCCAGUGGGGACUCAGUGUCAGGGAGAGUUAUCAUCGAGGUCACCGGAGAAAUUCGGGUGAAAUCCUUGAACAUCCACGCCAAAGGACUGGCUAAAGUUCGUUGGACUGAAUCUCGCAAUGCUGGAUCCAACACUGCCUACACGCAAAAUUACACCGAAGAAGUGGAGUAUUUAAACCACAGAGACAUCCUAAUUGGACAUGAGAGAGACGAUGAGAACCCUGAGGAGGGCCUGACGAUCCUUCACACUGGAAGACACGAGUACCCGUUCAGCUUCGAACUCCCACAGACGGCCCUGGCCACCUCUUUCGAGGGGAAGCACGGGAGCGUGCGCUACUGGGUGAAGGCUGAGCUCCACAGGCCCUGGCUCCUGCCCAUGAAGGUGAAGAAGGAGUUCACUGUCUUUGAGCACAUCGACAUCAACACUCCACUCCUGCUGUCUCCCCAGGCGGGCACAAAGGACAAGACACUGUGUUGCUGGUUCUGCACCUCAGGGCCCAUUUCCCUAAGUGCCAAAAUUGAGAGGAGAGGCUACACUCCUGGCGAGUCGAUCCAGAUCUUCGCGGAGAUUGAGAACUGCUCGUCCCGCGUGGUCGUGCCAAAGGCAGCCAUCUACCAAACACAGACCUUCUAUGCCAAAGGGAAAGUGAAGGAGAUCAAGCAGCUCAUUGCCAACCUGCGGGGAGAUCCGCUGCCCAGCGGCAAGACCGACACCUGGAAUGGGAAAAUGCUCAAGAUCCCACCCGUCUCGCCCUCCAUCCUGGACUGCAGCAUCAUCCGAGUGGAAUACUCUCUGAUGGUGUACGUGGACAUCCCCAGGGCCAUCAACCUGUCACUGAGCCUCCCCCUGGUGAUUGGCACCAUCCCGCUCCACCCGUUUGGCAGCAGAACCUCCUCCGUCAGCAGUCAGUGCAGCAUGGCCACGAGCUGGCUGGGCAUGGCGCUGCCUGAAAGGCCAGAAGCUCCCCCAAGUUACUCAGAGUGCAUCAGCCGAGAGCAGAGGCCCAGCCUGGACCUGACGGCUGCACGGGACGAGCUGGAGGGCCCAAUGUUCGCCUACAUCCAGGAGUUCCGCUUCCAACCACCUCCCCUGUACUCAGUGAUCGAUCCAAAUCCAGAGCCAGCUUGCUGGUCCGAGGAAAGGCGUCCGGACACCUGUCCGUCUCGCUGAAGUGUCCCCAGUGCCUGUCCAGCGUUGUCAGGCUGUUUCCUCCUCAAGACGCUUCACCUCCUCACUGAGGGCCCAGAGGCAAAAGAAACCCGUCAACCAGACGGAGACCAGAGCUUCCACUGCAGAGACAGAGCAGGAUUCUCCACCAACCCGAACAAGCCUACCUGCUGAGCCAAGCCCGGCCCAGACCCGGGCCACGGCAGGCACGCCCGCGGCUCGCAUAAGCAUAGGCACCUGCUUGCCCAAGGAGGGGACCUCCCACUGUUGGUUUAACUGUGGCACAUGCUGAAUGACAUUUGUUUUAUUUUUUUUUGCAAAACUGAGAAAUUGUGCCCUUACCACCUCCCUCCCUCCUCUGCAAUCCUCCAAGUCACCAUGGACACCAUCAGGCCUGCAUUGCGCAGGGCAACAGGGUUGGAAAUGCCCCUCCUGCCUCAGAAAUGAUUUUGCACAUCUGAGUUUUUCUCUUUUUGUUGUCGUUGUUGUUGUUAUUAGCAGCAGGGUUUGUGUGGUUCACUCCUAAUGGCCACUGUUAGUAUAACCAGUGCUCACGCGCUCUAGAACAAGACUGCUGGCUUCAGGCAGUAGAGCCCAGUAAGAGCCAACCGAGUGGCGUAAACAGAACUAAAGACAAAACAGAACAAAUACAGAAGAAAGACGCUUCAGAGGGCAAAGAAAAGAAAAAAAGAAAAAAAAAACGACCAGCUGUCUAACUAGACUAGGCCUCUUCGCCAAGUUUUCUAAAAGCUUCCUAGCUGGUCAUGGUUGUGUGUGAAGAGCAGAAAGUGUUUGCAGAGCUGAACUGUGUGGUCAGGGAUCAGAGGGAGGAGGUGAAGAGAGGGAAGGAAGCUUUCCUCCUCCUCCUCCUCCUGUAGAGUGGUGCGAGAUGAGACGGAAACGCACCCCCAUGCCUUUGAGCUGUCCUCGCACACCACAUUGCCUUUCCACAGAGCUCACACACACAUGCGCGCAUUGCUGUUCCAUCAGCCCCUCUCUCUCCCCCUCCCUCCCUCUCUGUCUCUCUCAGGUGUUCUGCUCACUUGCCAAACUUUUAAGACGAGAGGUGACGUGUGCUCACUCUAUCUCUCUCUAUCUCUCUCUAUCUCUCUCUCUCUCUCUCUCUCUCUCUAUCUCUCUCUAUCUCUCUCUAUCUCUGUCUAUCUCUCUCUAUCUCUGUCUUGACCUUAACUGCACUGUCAGUCGAUGCAAAAGCAGGACAUGAGAGAAGUGUCAGGAAGACCUGCACAAAUAUGUGAGAUAAAAAAAAAUGAAUGACAUUCCUCUUUAGUCCUAAUUCUCUCUCUCUCUACUCGACGAAAUGACUCCUACAGAUAGUCAUGGAUGACGUUGAGUCCAUAGUGACCUGGAGACAUGUUAAACUAGACUGUACCAUUAAAGCACAGUUCAAAUGAAAGCGAACAGGGGAAUGUGCUCCUCGAUGAGUUCUACAUUUGUUUUUCUCACUCAUUCGAUGGUGCACAAGACCAGUUGGAGUUUGGCUGUUUGAGCCUUAACUAUUAAGAAGCACUUUUGUUAUUGUAAGGUUGAGUGUGUGCGAAAUUAAUCACACCUUAUGAAAGCAUUACAACUAUGCGGGCAUGAUUUAGUGAAACAAAUUAGGUAGACGUUUUUUUUUUUUUUUUCUUCAUUCAUGAAAGUUUACAAGUUGUUUUUGUGUUUUUUUUUUUUUUUUUAUGGUGACCAUGUCUGUGUGCUUUUCUGAUGAACGAAAUGUUACUCAAGACAGUGCAGCUCUCUGUAGAGGCAGCGUGAAGACAAACACAUGCCCGCGUGGCCUUGGCACAAGCCCGUUUCCUUGAUCCGAGUUCUUUUGUUAAAGACUACAAGCUUAUCAUCCAGGUUUUACUAUUUGAGUUUUUGUCAGGCUAUUGCAACUUCUCAGUGAAAAAGGGAAUAAUUAUCGUCUGGAAAGCAUUUAUUUUGUGGCUGAACUAGCGUCCUGCGUUUCUCUUUCCUCGAUCUGCACUCACACAUGGGUUGUCUACUUGCUCACAGGCAUUUUGUUGUGAGCCAUGUUUCAGUAGCCUUGUGGCUUUGCUCUUUUAGUGCCCAUGUUGACUUGCACGCCCCCCUGUACAAGAACGAGCACCGAGAGUGUGUGUGCACUUCUGAACGAUAUAACUCCAUACCUGAUGACACAAGCUUUUGUUUAUCUUACCUCUUGAGUGUGAAUUAAGCUUAUUCUAAUUUUUAGAAACAAAAAAGUGCAAUAUUAUUUUAGUAUAUAUUUCCACUAUUUGUACAGUUUCAUAUCUUUUUGUUUUCUGCUUUAAUAAUAUUAUCUUAUUUUGUCUGUAUUAUGCCAGUUGAUGAAUGUUUUAUGUUAUAAUUUUGUGUUCAAAUAAAGAAGCCAUUUUUGAAA